AUGUUUCACUUGAAGGCAGUGUCUGGAAGCCGUGUAUGUAACCAGUAUAGAACAUCGGGUUCGCUGCCAGAAGAAAAAAAAGAGUUUCUGCAAAAUGGACCAGACUUACAGGACUUUGUAUCUGGGGAUUUGUCAGACAAGAAUGCAUGGGCUGAGUAUAAAGGCAAUUUAAAGCGCCAGAAAGGAGAAAGGCUGCGACUUCCUCCAUGGCUGAAGACAAAGAUUCCCAUGGGAAAGAACUAUAAUAAGCUAAAGAAUACCUUGAGAAGUUUAAAUCUUCAUACGGUAUGUGAGGAAGCACGCUGCCCGAACAUUGGAGAAUGCUGGGGAGGUGGUGAAUAUGCUACAGCUACAGCUACUAUUAUGCUGAUGGGUGACACGUGCACUAGAGGCUGCAGAUUUUGUUCAGUGAAGACAGCAAAACAUCCACCUCCACUAGAUCCUGAGGAGCCUUACAAUACGGCAAAAGCUAUAGCUGAAUGGGGCUUGGAUUAUGUUGUAUUGACAUCUGUGGACAGAGACGAUAUGCCGGAUGGUGGAGCAGAACACUUUGCAAAGACUGUCUCUCAUCUGAAAGAAAGGAAUUCCAAAAUUCUAGUAGAAUGCCUAACUCCUGAUUUUCGAGGGGAUCUUAAAGCUGUGGAGAAAGUAGCGUUGUCAGGACUAGAUGUAUAUGCCCACAAUGUGGAAACUGUUCCAGAACUACAGAGGAAGGUCCGUGAUCCCCGAGCCAACUUUGAGCAGUCUGUACGCGUCCUGCAGCAUGCUAAAGAGGUCCAACCGGGCAUAAUUUCUAAAACCUCCAUUAUGUUGGGGCUCGGCGAGACAGAUGAACAAGUAUAUUCAACAAUGAAGUUAUUGCGUGAAGCCGGUGUAGAUUGUUUGACCCUAGGACAAUACAUGCAGCCAACAAAACGUCACCUAAAGGUUGAAGAAUAUAUAACUCCUGAAAAAUUCAAGUACUGGGAAAAAGUAGGAAACGAUCUUGGAUUCCAUUACACAGCUAGUGGGCCUUUAGUGCGCUCCUCCUAUAAAGCAGGUGAAUUCUUCUUGAAGAACUUAGUAGAAAAAAGAAAGACAAAAGCCAUCUGAAAAGGAGAGUAAACCUAUUUAAAGUAGCCUGUUCUAAGGAUCUUUUUUUUCGGCCCAUAAACUCAGUUCCAGAAAUACAGCAGCCACAUGGUGGAUGCUUGAAUUAACUUACUGUCUUUCUAGAACACUUUUCUCUCACCAGAACACUUCAUGUUAAUUUACCUGAUUCUUCCUUGCAAGGGUGCAACUACUAGUCGAACUAGUAGAACUUUUACUGUUCAAUAAACAGUGAGAAGAUGGAAUUUAAAGAAGGUGUUGAUAAAACUCACUUUUUAAAGAACAAGGGAACUGAGCUGGAAGAAACACAAGCUGAAGAUAACAGACAAAUUUAAGUAAACAAGGUUGAUGCUACCAUCAAUAUUGCUGCAAUUAGGUACUUGUUAAGAUGUUAAUAACAAGUAAUUAGAAAGAUAUUGAUAUCUUGAUAUGUAUGUCACCAUUAGUACGUAACAUGAAUUUGCAGGGACUCUGGGAAACCUGGGAGCUCCAAAGAUUGUAUAUAUGACAAAAGACCAUAUUGAGCCUAUUUUGAACCACACUAGAGAAAACAUCAUUAACAUGCUUCAAGAGACAGUCAGCGUCUUAAACUACAUCUGAAGAAAGUUAGCUACCCAUUCUGGUGGUUAAUGCUUUUCAGGUGGUUGGGUGUCCAAGGGUGAACGGGAUUAGUCUGCGGCAAGCCAGUUAACCUUAUAUAGGUGUCAUAACUUAAACCAUCUGGAAAAUCAAAGUUGCUGUAACAGCAUAAGUAGAGCCACCUCUAGUUUGGGUGUAAGACAGUUAACGAACCCCACUGAGUUGCAUGGGUGCUUCUUCAAAAUUGGGUAUGCAGAAAUGUUGAUAUUCCGUACUGUACUUCUGUUUCACGGGUAUUGUCUUACUAUUACAGGAAAUUAAUAGCUGGUCUAAGGUUUUGUUGGUCAUGUUUGGUCUGGCUACCAACCCCCUUGAGGCUUGAUCUGGCUGUUAAAUCCUAAGACAACGGGGAAAUGAACUGCAUUGUGGAUGAAACGUGAAAACCAUUAUAUAUAUUUUUAAAUUGUAACAGAAAUAAAAACAUAACUUAUGGUACACUAGCAGUUGUAAAUGCUUCUCUCUUCCCAGCAAUUGGAGCAAAGAGCUGUCGUCUCGAUACUUCAGAGUGUGUCUCCCUAAUAGUUCUCAGUUUUCUGCUUUGAACACCUUGGAUAUUUUCAUGAAAAUAUAGCUUAAGCCUGCUCAAAAACUUUAGGAAACACACCGAGAAUCUAUGUUAUCUGGUCCCAAACUCUUCUCAUUCCAGUACCCUAUAGCUGGCUGCAGUAUUUGUGUAAGUUAUGUAGUCUACAGGAACCAGAGUGAAAGUCUCGGUCUCUCCCCCUACUUUCAGCAAGAUCUUAGAAGAAAGAUCAUUUUUAAAAAAGCAAGCUAGUGUUAGUCACUCCUACAUAUAAUGUCAUGUAUGCUAUGUAUGAACAACAACAAUGAAAUUAUACCACAAAGGCCAGUGAUAUCCAGUGGACACUUCACAAAAUGAAGUAUAGCCAAUACAGAUAUUCCAAAUAUAUAGUCUGUAUAUACUUGUGUUCCACUGAGCAAAUGAAAACCCAUACUGUGGGGGUUAAAUACUGGAACAGGUUGCCCAGACACGUUGUUGCAUCUCCGUCCUUGGAGAUACUCAGAAACCACUGGGCUAGGGUCCUCUAGCUCUAGCUGACCCUGCUGAGGAGGGGUUUGACCAGACUCUCUCCAGAGGUCCCAGCCAACCCCAAUUACUUAGUGAGUCUGUGGAAAAAGUGUUAUGACAACAAAUAGCCUUAAGCUAGAAUAAACGUGCUAAUUAAGCAGUAUUAGGUGACUAUAAAUUAGGAAGAGAAACCCGAGUCCUAAAGAACAGAAGAAGGGAGAAAUAGAAGUCUUGAUCACGAUCCUUUGUAACAGCAAACAGAAAGGCAAGGUUUAAAACCCACCACGCUGAGCAGUAGAUCUGGAAGUACCAGGCAAGCUUUGAGCCACAAAUGCCCCACUUCAGCUGAUGUACAUUGAAUGCUAAAGCAGUGGAAGGUAUCACUAUGGUAAGGAAAUUAAUUCAAUACUCCCUCCACAACAGUAGACAGGGGGCAACAUUAACUCCAGGAUACCAGUACAUUUAACAGCUGCCAGCCUUUCUAAUAGAAAUCCUAUUAUAAAUAAUAGUUUUGACUUGCUUGGGGAGCAGAUCCAACAGACUAUUGCUGUAGCAGUUUUUGCUCUUUAAACAUAUUAACACAAAAAAUAUGGAAAAAAAAAGAUUCUGAGCAAUAUGGCUAUUGCCAAAUUGUGAAAAGAUGAGAUUGCACAAUAAUUAUCUAUGAGGGGUUUUUUUCCCCCCCAGAUGAGAAACAAUGUUUCUGAAAUCAGAUUCCAAUAUUAUUUCAUGUUAGAAGUAUUUUACAGAUUAUUCCUGGGUGGUUGAGAUGAUGCUCUCAUGCUUUUACACAACCAUGUCUGAUAGCAGGCACCAAGUUACAGCAGCUACUUAAGAAACUAUUUUCUACCUCCACAGAAACCAUACUAAACACCAUGCAAAGCAGUCAUGUUUUGACUUCAUGGGUGUGGGAAUUUUUUUUUUAAGCAUCUUUGAGGACCUUUGCCAAUCUGUAGAGUAAAACUGACCAGCCUUAAAACUCCUUUCCUAGUUAAAAAAACAAAUAACCCCCCCCUCCAAAAAUACUGCUUUACAACUAUCUUUUCCAUUGCCUGUUCAGUUUUUCCAUAACUAUGCUAAAGACACCAUGCAUAAUCAUACAAAACAAGAACCCAGAACUCUUUUGCAUGUAAGUUCAGCACAAGUUUCAUGAAUUUUCCUACUUUGUUUCCACUAAAGUUUAGUGACACUUUUUUUUUUUUUUUAAAUAUCAAGCACUUGUUUGUGGCAGUUUGUUUCCACAAAGCAGCAAUAAAGUAUUUUAAGCAAAAAUAAUCUUCCUUGCAAUCCACAAAACACCAAUUGAGUGAGUUUUGGGAAUACGAUUUCAAGUUGAUGUAGACUCUUUAACAGAAUGAUUUUUUUUUUUUUUAAAGUAUCAUUACAUCAAGCUACUACUUCAUUCUGUGAAGCAUAAUUAAAUGUUACCAUGCAGCUGAGCAAAGAACUGCUGUAGCUUUUGAGUGACUUGAAGAGUCUUUCCAUUAAAUCAACAAAAAAAGACUGCUUAUUUAAGAACACAGUUUUAAAAAAAAUUUUCCUACUUGCUCAGUAAUUAGUAAUAGCCUCCCCAUCCUUAAAAACAUAUACAUGCUGCUUUACUACCAUAUAAUAUAAGUCAUUCUGAAAGAUGUUCUCAACUUGCAACAGACGUUUUCAAGCUUGGAACAGAAAAAGCAAAUAAUGAAAACUGUCCCCAGUAUUCCAUCAUAGAUAAUCCCCUACUGCUUUCCUGCAUUUUAAAGUUCAUUCAAACUGCUGUUUAACAAGAUUAUAAGCACUAUUUGAAGCUCUAGAUCACCUCCAACAGAAGAACCUCAAGUGAUAUAGAAAGAGGAGCUGUAAGUUUGUUAACCACUAUGAAAUCUCCUCUUUAACUCUUGGUCAAAAAUAUACAUCCGUUUAUUAAUUCAGAGUGUUCUUGGAUUUCAGAUGCUUGGAACCAGGCUAUUUUUAACUGCUUUACAUUAAGAAUUGAACAUAGACGGGCAGGUUGGGGCAGGGGGGACACAAACAUGAAAAAAAUGCACCCACACACCUGGCAUUUAGGAUUUGUUUACACAGCUUAAUUUAUGUAGUCUAUAUCAUACAAUUCAUAGGCUAGUAUUAAAGCUGGGUUUGCUUCAACUGUUGUAUCCAUACUAAUGGGAUGAAAAGCAGUGUUACCAUGGAUUGGAUUUUAUUAAAAGCCCCAUAAAAAGCAAGUACAGAAGUCCAUUACUCAUAGUUCCUAUAAUUCUUGACAAGAACUGUAAGAUCCCAUCAGCACAAGUUCAAAAGCAUUACAAAAAACACAUAUAUUCUGCAUGCACUACUUGGGUGCUCCAACCCUCCAAGCAGGAGGGCAAGUCAUCUCCGACUCCAUUUCCCUGGCAACUAUUAUUCUGAAGAGGACAGUUUGUGAUUCAUGGUGCUGCAGAAUCUUCUGAAACUCUUUCAGCCCGUGGUGAAUUUCUCCUGCAUACAUGCGAGAGAAAGUUCCAGUAUCCUAAGGGCCUACACCACCAGCUGUUCAGCUCAUUGUUAAACCUGAUCCAUCCCACAGCCCCAGUGUUCAAUAAAAGGAUUCAGCAGCCAGAAGACCAAACAAGCUGACUUUCCCAGAAAGGGAAACGCCAAUACCAGUUAUACCCCUUUGCUGUGCAAAGGGAUCUGCCUCCCCAUCAGACAUUUCCUAAGAAACGUAAAUUUAAGAGAUCCCACUGUAAUUAACUUUCCCCAUUCUUUGUUGAUCUUGAUGAUUAAGCAACAAAUCACCCUCCAGGCUUCAACUCAGUCUACAGAAGCAGAAAACAGGAAUGUGUCUAGCAACUGGUUCCUCAGUUUUGCCAAGGCAACAUGUGGAAAGCUGCUGGAAACGUCCAGUGGCCAGCCUUACAGCUCUUGCACAUUCACAAUAGGAGCAGCGCUGUGUGAAUGGUUCAUCUCUCCACUUCAGACUGAUGAGAACAGGUCCCACAUGGUGAUGCUACUAUCACAACUCUGUACAGUCUUCUGAAAAGCAUCCUUUGCUAUCCUGAUUUUCCUGGAGCCCCUACUCACUUCCUUGAUGAGGUGAGCCUUGAAACAGUGCUGUGCUGCCUUGAACAUAAUUCAAGGCGAGUCUUCAAGCUCAUCUUGUCAAUGCCCUCCUCUUAAUCCCCAAGAAGUAAAUAGCAACUGAGAGGGCAAGUGAGUGAGUGAGUUUGGGGGGAAGAAAGGGUGUCAGUCACAAGACUAUCUACCUGCAAAGCAAGAGUUGGAUUAUUUGUAUAAAUACCUCAACUUUAUCACAGGGCUGUUCCUGCUCUCUGGGCACUGUAUGAAAACAGAACUAGUAAAUCAGUAAGAGGAGGAGAUGUGAUGAUGGAAGUCAACACAUGAACUGGAGUUUAAGCCCCCCUGUAAUUUCCACUGAUCUUGACUGGUUUCUGACGUGUACCUCACAGAAGAGCCUUACAAUAGUUGAUACAAAACAACUCAAGCACAUUUGCUCACAGUGCUGUGUGCUCACUACAGAGCAAGGCCUCACAUGGAAGCCACUGAGGUGUGCAGAAUCUGAAAGCAUCCAGUUGCAGGGUACAGCAAUUGCUGUCAGUCUAACAGAUAGCAUUGUCCCAUAUUAUCUACUCAAAUUAUACGCGUUCCUUAAACAAAUCUUCAAAGAUCUAGCCUAAAGCUUAGGCUAGUAAAUUAUGUCUACAUUUCAGCAAGUAAUAGCACUUAUUAGCAAAAAGACACAGACUUUGCGCUCUUGGUUUAACUAUUGAUGUAGCAUACUUUUCUACUGAAUGAAUUCAGAAGGUAUUACAUGACUAGCUACAGGACAAUUCUCAAACAUCCCAACACUACUGUUACUUAGCAGGGAGGUUUCUGCCCCUUUCAUUCUGAAACCUGUUGAUAGUCAUAGUCCUUCUUUAUCCUCCCCUCCAUUUCACAACCCCAUGCAACAAACUGAACACAAACUUUGCAUCCCAAGGAAUUUAAUAGCACUGGCCAAUUGGGAUAAUU